AUGUCUCCUGUUUCUCUUGUUACUUAUCAGCUAUAUGAAGAUCCCAAUGUCAACAGAUCACUUGUUACUUAUCAGCUAUAUGAAGUUCCCAAUGUCAAUAAAUCAUUUGUUACUUAUAAGCUAUAUGAAGUUCCCAAUGUCAACAGAUCAUUUGUUACUUAUCAGCUAUAUGAAGAUCCCAAUGUCAACAGAUCAUUUGUUACUUAUCAGCUAUAUGAAGAUCCCAAUGUCAACAGAUCAUUUGUUACUUAUCAGCUAUAUGAAGUUCCCAAUGUCAAUAAAUCAUUUGUUACUUAUAAGCUAUAUGAAGUUCCCAAUGUCAAUAGAUUAUUAGUUAUUUAUCAGCUAUAUGAAAUUCCCAAUGUCAAUAGAUUAUUAGUUAUUUAUCAGCUAUAUGAAGUUCCCAAUGUCAAUAGAUUAUUAGUUAUUUAUCAGCUAUAUGAAGUUCCCAAAGUCAAUAAAUCAUUUGUUACUUAUCAGCUAUAUGAAGUUCUCAAUGUCAACAUAUAA